AUGACUGGUAUUGAUAUGCCUCCAGUUCUUCGUGGUUUAACUGAUAUUUAUCGUGAAUCAGUUGAAGAAUUAUCAGAAAGGAAUAAAGCAGAGAGGGGUGAAGACCGUACAUAUUUAGAUGAUCUAAAUGACGGCGAUGAUGGUGAUGAUGGUGAUUGUUCCAGCACUGCUAUUGAUAGUAUGAAAACUGUUUGUUCAGCAAUUGUUGAGAUAUUAAAGAAUUUAGUGCGUUCCGGAAGAGCUUAUUGUUUGGAACAAACACCUGAUUUUUCAUUUAUUUCAUUCACUGACCAACGGAUAAGUGGACGUUUGUAUCUUGUUCGUGAUUAUCUACUGGUACGAUCUCAUCGAGUUAUAGCCAGUCAGAUGGAACCGACUGCUGGAAGUGUUUUACCUCGUCUACCAAAAAUGUUAAACUGUUUAGUAAAUCUUACAUCGGCAAAACAUCAUGAAUUAUUGAGUUGUAAUGGUAAUAAUAAUAAUAAUAAUAGUGGUAGUGGGAGGAAGACAAAAAGUGGUCGUUGGGGUUCAACUCGUAAACCUUGGAGUUUAUCAUCAUCACCAUCACUAUUAACCAAUCAUUACAAAUACAUCACAUGGUGUCUUAGAAAUAAUCUCUGUGUUAAAAGGUAUGCUUUCUGGUACGUUGCAACUGUGGAUAUCACGGAAACUGAAGCACCACAACUCUUGAUACCACUUCUAUUGCCACAUGCUAAAUUAUUAGCUGAAGAUCAUAGUUUCGCCUUCUUAUUGAUCCUACGUCUUGAUCGUGUUCGUAGAGCUUUGUUACCGGAGAAGGAAUAUUUCACGCUUUUUCAUCGUGUAUUCAAAUAUUUGUCAUUAGAGAGUAAAUAUGAACUGCUGAGGUGUAUUCAAGAGAAGAAAAAUUCUGUUUACGAAACCCCACUAUCAAAAUCAAAUGCUUGUUUUCAGUCAUCUAUUUGUCCAUUAUUCAAUCGUUUAGCCUCCUUUGAUAGUAAUGCUGACACUUUUCUUUCAGAUUGUGAAGUAGUACUGUUCACACAUCCAGUACACUUUUUUACUGAGUUAAUUCAAUUUCCAGUUAGACAACAACUUCCUCAUUUACAGACUGUUGUUCAACAGCUGAUCGAUGAAUUAUCUUACGCGCUCCCAGUACCUACAGAUUUUUCUCCAGGGGAAACAAAAGUAUUGGAUAAAUCAGGCAGUGAAAGAAAGAGCGAAGCAAUUCCUGGACAAGAUCACCACCACCAUCAUCAACAACAUCAACAACUGAAACAAUCCAUUCAUAGUACAAUCUUUCAAGAACUUAUUCUUGUUGAUUGGUCAAAUCGUCCAUGCUACAGUAAUAUUUCAUUAUUCGGUGAAGAAGACAUAUAUUCUGAGAUAGAUAAGGUUAAUUUAUUGAAUGUGAAAUUCAAUUUUAACGAUGACAAAUGUCUGCUGGACCAAUCUGAUGAGUCAAAUAAUAAAUUAUCGAGGAAUCUAAUCUUGGAUACUCUAGUUCAUCUGUUUAAGAAACCGGAUUGUAUCAUUCAAAUUAACACAAUUUUACAAGUAUUUCAAAGUUAUUUGAAAGAUAAUUUACAGUCACUAAUUUAUAAACAUUCGAAUAUUGAACAGUCAACGCCAAUAACAACAACAACAGCGCCAACAACAUCGACUCUUAAAGCGGGGAAUAAAUCUCCUACACUUCAAAGUAUGCAUGUUCGGGGAUUUAUAGAUAUGCUGUAUCGUUUAAUAAAAGCAGCUUCAUCUGGUCAUGAACUUCUUUUAUUGUUAAACAAAAUUAAUAUCUGUGAAUUACUGAAACAAUUUAUGCAAUUGUUUAAUAUCCUAUUCUUAAAUCAAUUUAAUAAUGAAUUCACUAUUACUCCUACUACUGCUACCACCGUCACCAUGACCACCACUCCUGAGAGUCAGUCAACUUGUGCUUCGUCUGUAUUCAUUCCCCUACCUGACCUGGAUGACGUUGAUGAUUAUGAAGAAUAUUUUGAAUACCUGAUCAUAAGUGAAGUAGAUGUCAUGUUGUUGGAAUUGAUUGCUCACUGUUUACAACUAUCUCUAUCCUCUUGUCCGUGUAAUCGUCAAACAGAAGGUGAUGGGGAAAGAGAAGAUCAAAUCAGCUGUCAUAUCAAUAAUACGCUACGUUUACUGCAUACAUUUAAAAAUGAUAUCGUCAAUUCGAAAAGUACACGUGAUUGGUGUAAACAAAAGUGGUCGUACUUAUUCAACAGUUCAAUAUUUGCCUCAAUGACUGCGUUGAAAUUAAAACAGCAUAAGUGUUGUUUGAAAAGCAUCAAUGUCUUAAAGGAUGAAGUGUUUAAAUUAUCUAUUGAAAUGUCUAGUCAAACAUUGAAUACAUUGACACAAUUGAUGGACAUUAAUGUCUUUUAUCGAAGUACUGGUAUACAUUUCAAAGCUAUUUCGUCGGGUGAAUUAUCGCCACCACCACCACCACCACCACCACCAACGACAACAGAAGAUAAAACAAAAACUGCCAGUAACACUGAGUCAGUAUUGCCUACAACUGAUUCAGAGAGGCAGCAGCAUACCAAUCAUCAGUUGAAAGUACCAGAUAACUUCGUAUCACCACGUGUAAUUCAUUUGAUCUUUGAGAUAGCCAGCUAUUCUAAUCAAUUAUGCAGUGAAGUAUUGAAGUCAAUUCUCAAAAAAGCCGUAGAAUCCAAUCGAAUAUGGUGUCAGUUAAAUAUCAAACCAAGUCAUCUGUUAAUUUCUGUCCUAUCGUUUCUGAGAAUCAUAUCGGUAACGGGACAGAUAAGAUGCUGGCGGCGUUUAUACUUCUUACUCGGCCGAUUGAUGAAGGCUGGUGUACUAACUUAUCCCAUACCAACAUUUUUAAUUGAUCAUGAAAACGGAAGGGUCAAUAGUCUGUCAAGACAUUUCUUCUUAAUAGAUUGGAGUAAACUUCAUGGUACAUUGGAUCUAUUCGCAUUGACAUUUCAUGUAUUCGACUUAUGGUGUAAGGCGUCAUCUUCUUGUGCCAGUAAUAACAGUAAUGACGAUGAUGAUGUCGGUUCACAUAGAGAAUUGUGUAUUCUACUGCAUUCAUUAACUGAUUUAGUUUCUAAUUUUACAUCAGUUAUUCCAAAACUUCCACCUUCAGAGACGGAAACGUUGACGAUGACGAAUGAAACAACCGUGAAUGGAAAUAAUAAUGACGACAUAGAUAACAAGACCAUGGAGUCCUCAUUAAAGCUAAAUCAAUCAACUGUGACACCUUCAGAGACGACGACGAAUCAACUGAGAAGAAGAUCAGAAGCGAUAGAAGAGUCUAUUGUUGAAGUCAAUAACAGUAAUUAUAAUGACGAUGGUGAUGAUAAUCAGACAAAUCAUUCGCAGAUGAAUGAGUCAUCCAUGAAUGGUUACAAUAAUAAUGAUGACAACAAGCACAAAGUCAGAACUACUGAGUCCGUAGUAACAACAAUACAUCAAUCUACCCUACCAUCUUCAAAGCGGGAGGAGAAGAAGAAAAAUAGGAAGUCGAAGAUGAAGGAGGUUUCAAGAGUGAAAAGUCAAGAUAAUAAAAUUAACAACAAUAAUAGUGAUGAUGACAGUGACAUGGACAACAAGGCUAUGGAGUCUACAUUAAGACACUAUCAAUUUGUCGAAUAUGCUAGACAAUCAAUUAUAUGCUUAUUAGAUGAAUUGACGAGACGUUUACAAACAGCGACAAGCGAAAUUCCAGGCCAAUUUCACAUUGAAACAACUACAUUGAAUCCAUUGUUCAAUGUUUCACUACAAUUCGAUCAACUGAAAGAAACAGUUUUAUCAAUUAGACAAGGUUUACAUCAAAAAUGAAUCAAACAAGUCUCUCUCUCUCGACAAUGUAAAAAUGUGUACACAUUGUUUAUUUUUCUAUUAAAAAGUUUCAUAGAUUAUACAA